CUUUUAUUAAAUACAGAAGCGUGCCCGCUGUUGCUAAGCGCUGCCGGAAGUAGCCCGAUGUUUACACAUUUUUGUUCCGCAGGAAAGCAACGAGUUACACUAAAAUGCCCCUUUUUGGCAAUACAUUCAGCCCCAAGAAGACACCACCCCGGAAAUCAGCAUCUCUCUCGAACCUCCAUACAUUGGAUCGAUCCACUCGGGAGAUUGAGUUAGGGCUGGAAUAUGGAGCCCCUGUAAUGAAUAUCGGAGGACAGAGCUUGAAAUUUGAAGAUGGACAGUGGAUUACAGAGUCAGGAGGUAAUGCGUCCAGCAAGGAGGUGCAGAAACUGAAGAAGAGGAAUUUGCAAUUAGAAGAAGAAAACAAUCUUCUGAAACUUAAGAUUGAACUUCUGUUAGAUAUGCUCUCAGAAACCACAGCUGAGUCACAUCUAAUGCAGAAAGAAUUAGACGACAUGAAGAGUCACUACAAACCAAAAAAGUGACGGGAAGCAUGGAUUUCAGCUGAUUGUGUUUUAGAUGCAAAUUGUUUUGUUUCUUCAUAGAAAUGAUUUAUCAUAUUUAAAUACGAGACUUCACUUCUUGUGAACUUUCAUGUAAAAUUGUGAUUUUUUUACUGUUAAGAUGUUUGUUUUAAACAUUUUUCCUUCAUUCAUUGUAUAAACAAUAAAAAAUAUUUUCGUAGUGA